AUGCCGGGCGGCGGCGAGUUCAGAUCUGGGGACUGGGAGUGUCCCAAGUGCGGCGAUCACCAAUGGGCAAGGAACGACGCGUGCCGCAAGUGCCAGACCAGGCGGCCUGGCGCGUCGAUGAUGUCCAGGGACGGCCGCUACGGCAGCUCCGGCGGCGGCAAAGGAGGAGAAAAGAGGGAUGGCGACUGGAACUGCCCGAAGUGCGGCGACCACCAGUUUGCCAGUCGCUCCGAGUGCAGGAAAUGUGGAACUUCGAAGCCGAGUGGUUCUGCAUCAACAUCUCGAGGGUUUUCCCUAGGAGACGUCGCGCGCAUCGAGGGCGGAGGGCACGUCCUCGGCAGCUCGGCCGGCCCGGCGACGAGCUGGGAGACGGCCUCCAGGGUGGAGAUGGUCUCCGCGCUGUACGGGGCUCUCGAGGACCCAGCGGCGCCCAAGCUGCGGUCGAGGCAGAUGCGGAGGUUCGCCGUCCUCAUAGGCAUGCCCGACGGCUCCGACGCCGAGUGGGAGGGCGAGUGGAAGGAGCUCUGCGGCGCCAUGGGCUGGUCCGCCGACGUCGGUGUGGACCCGAUAGACUUCACGAAGUUCGUCAACGACGAGCAGAGUGGCGGGCACUGCACCGAUGACGUCCUGCGGAGCAUGCUCAAGGAACUGAAGGUCCCGCCGGCUGGUGCGUCGACGUCGGCCGCUCCCUGCCGUGGCCGGCGACGGUCGCGAAGCCGGUGA